UCCGCGCCGCCCGUCGACCUGUGCACAACGCAUCAGCAGAUCGAGAGACAGCCUGGUUCGGACGUCGAUUUAUUUUUGUGUUUUCCAUAAUCCGUUCAGAUGACUGCGGACUUUUCAUUUCUGGAUUACAACGUAUUAGAUGUGAGCAUUUUUUGAGCGUGUCAUGGGCGAAGUGCAAACGCCUUGCGAAGACCUUGUCGUUGGGGGCGCUCGGGCGCCAGACGGCGAGCAGACGACAACCGGAAACGAGCCCUCUACCGGAAGUUCUCCCGAGACUGUUGCUCCAUCUACGGACUUGCCCAAGAACCUUGAUGUUGAAGAGCAGCGAUGCGAGGAGCAGGAAGGUGGUCCUGGGAAGCUCGUCCGUUCCAACUCUUUCGGUGGAAAGAAGAGAAAGAACCGUCGUGGGAAGACCAAAAAACGCAAGUGGAAACCUUAUUAUAAACUCUCUUGGGAAGAACGCCGCGAACUCGAGGAGCGCGAGUCGCGUCGCGCCAACCGGAUUCGACAGCGUAUGUUCGCCCACGGUCAGCCGGUGGCUCCUUACAACACGACGCAGUUCCUUAUGGAGGACCACUGCGUGCAGGAGCCGGACUACGAGAGCAUGAACGGCCACCACCGGCAUCGCGAGAACAGCAUCAACGACAGCGUGGACAGCUCAGACGAGUUUUACAGCUCGCCCGAAGACGAAGAGGACUUCCUGCAGAAGCAGUUCAGCGAGGCCUACGAGGACGUUCAUGCCGAGAGGCUAAACUCGAUGAGCAAGGCGGAGCUUGUUCAAGAGUACCUGCUACUGGAGGAGCGUGUUGAGGAACUGGAGCACAAGUUGAAGGAGGCUCGUGCUGCGCGUGCCGAUGCACAGACUCAGACGGGGUGUGUCGACGCGCGACCGCCGGCCACCGACUCCGUGGAACAGGCUCAGCAGAAGAUGGCCGUGUUUCGCGACGAGAUUCGAAAGCUCGCCGACGAGAACGCUCUGGUGCGCAAACACAAUCGGGCGCUUCGCGAGGUGCUGGACACCAGUCCGGCCGAACUGUCGGCCUCGUGAUUUCACGUCCACUCUGUUUUGCUUUUCCCCGGUGUGUACAUACGGCACUUUCAUUUUGGAUUUUUUUUUUCACAUUGAAAAGAAAUCUGAUCGCACUCAUAAAACAUCUCAGCGCGCGCGUCUUGGCUGAA